UUGAGGUCAGCUGCGCUCCACGGCCCCGGAGCCCCUGAGCGGUGGCGGUAGCCGUGGCAGCAACGUCUCCACGGCGGCCAGGGUCCCAGGCCCGUCCAGCUCGGGGUGCUCGGUGGGCGGAGCGUCGGGUUCGGUCAGGAAAUCCUUUUGUACUAUUGUUCAUUCAUAGUUGUUCAUCAAAGCCGAGGGUCCUCAAGGACAGAAUUUACCUCUAAACAGAAAAAUGGAAACUAAAGUUCAUUUAUUCUGCCAGGCAGAGGAAAAUAUUGACUUAUUAGAUGAUGGCUCUAAUUCUUUUGCAACUGGCUUGCCAUCAGGAACUAUUGACCACAAGAAAUACAUCAGGUUUCCUAAAACAAUAGAGAAGAAAAUUUCACCGGAAAUUAGGAGUUUGAACCCAGAAUAUAAAAAAAUGUUUGAAACAUCAAUAUUCCUUUGUGGAGAAGAAAAGUCCUCUGAUUUGGCAGAAGAAAAAAAAGUCAGGAGAAAGAGUUUACAAGUACAACAGUACAGCAAAAGAACUGAGAUUGGCCUUCCUUUUCUGAAACUGUCAAAGGAGAAGGUGACUAGGAAAGAAAACUCUUUACACAAGUUGCCGAAUCAGUACAGCGUUCACAAGACUUCAUCACCCCUUUGUACAUCUUCCUCAAUUACUCGAAACAAGGAAAUGCUCUCUAACCUCUACCUGACAUUAUAUGGUGAAGUAACCCAUGGAUAUUUGUACUCCCAAGAAUUAAGUGCACUUCAUAAAGCCUGUACAAUUUUUAGUAAAAUUCGAAGUGGUAAGAUUUAUGUGAAUGAUCUUCCAGUGAUACUUUGCAUCUUGAAAAUUUCUAUAAGUGAUUUAGAAAUGCAACAGGCACUAAAGACUAUUGAUAUUGAUGUUAACGGAAUGCUGGAUUUUUCAAAUUUUCUUAAAGCUGUGACUGAUGUUUCUUAUUUGGUCUCUCAGAAUUCAGCAUUCCAGGAUGCCUUAAAGAUUUUCUGUAGGAUAAAAGGUGGUCGAGUUUUAAUUGAUGAAGUGUUUGCUGUUUUGGAUAGCAUGGAUAUUCCUAUAAACCCUGACAUUUUUGAAGAAGUGAUAAAACAUACCUAUAUUGACAGUAACCACAUGGUGGAUAUUGGGGAUAUUAUAUUUAUUUUGAAUGAACUACAGGAACAGUAUGAGGAAGUUUCAAUUACAGAGGGAUCAACUUCGGAUGAAGUUACUUCAGACAGAAAGUUAUCAAGUGUAGCAGGAUGCUAUCUACAAUGUAAGAAGAAAAACAGUUUGUUUUCCAAACUCCCGGAACCUUCAAUAUCCAAAAAGUUAAAUAAAAAAAGCCACCAAUAUUCUAGCAAAAUUAUGGAGGAGACUGAUGGCCUUGAAUCUAAAAGAUCAAAACAUGCUUGGGAAAUAAGAAAAUUUCUGGGUGGAGUAGGCAGCAGUAAUGUAGGAGUCCAAGAACCAUAUUCAAAGAAUGGCAUAAACUUUAAAAAACAUUCAGAGAAGGGUGAAAUUCAUGACUCAAAGUCUAAACCACAAAGCUUGAAGAGUAGUGCAAGCCUCAGCAAGUCUAUGGACAAAAGUAGUAUUUCUAGUAUCCCCAAAUUUCAGAAGUCAGGUGUGAGAAAUUGUUCCAGCCUCCUAAAACAAGUUUCGUCUAUGGAAAAAACUGCACUUAAUGCUUUGGAGACCAUGUCCCACUAUGUUGCCAAGGCUGGUCUUGAACUCCUGACCCCAAGCAGUGCUCCCGUCUUGGCCUCCCAAGGUGCUGUGAUUACAGAAAACUUUCCUGAAGCUGUCAGUGAACCUCAAGAAAAUUACUUUGCAGCAGAAGGACUUCAGUCUAUUUUGCCUUCAGUAAGAAAUACUUUAUUGGAUAAAGAAUUCCAGAAGAUUGUGACAGACACUACUAGAAAUGAAAAUGGAAUGGUGAAGUUAGGUGACUUUACAAGUGCUCUCACCAAGGAGAGAAGUGUUACUAGAUGCAAUGUGUUGCCUGGUGUCAUUAAAGCCACUGAUAAAAUUAAAGAUAAAGAUGUGGAUUAUGAGGAUCUAAAUACUUGUCUUCAAAAUUUUGGUAUUUACCUUUCUAAGCCAGAAUUUAAGAAGAUCACAGAAUCGACUGAAGCUGGUGAAAUAGAAAAAGUAAAUUUUAAAGAAUUCAGUGAUACUAUGAUGAGCAACACAGAAUGCUUCUCUGAAAAAUUAUUAUUACCUGAUGCUAUUGAAGCCCUCGACAAUCUCAGAAAGGAGACAAUGAGUGUUUCUGACCUGUGGAAUACUCUGUCUAGUUUGAAUAAUAAUUUAAAAAAGGAUGAGUUCCUAGAUGCGUUGAAAGUAGUGACAGUUGAUGAAGACGAUAAAGUACAAUUCGAAGAAUUUGCAAAAGUAGUAAAGAAUAUGCAUGAUGCUUCCAGGUUAAAGGAGUUACAAGAAGUUGUCUUAGCUGCUGAUUUGCUUGAAGGUGACAUGAUAGCUGAGAAGAACUUGGAAGACUUCCUAAGAAAUAUUGGUAUUAAGUCACCUAAAGAAGAAGUACAGAAAAUUCUUCAAUCAGAUUUUGUUUCUGAAGAUAACAUGGUGAACAUUAAAGACUGUAUGAGGGCUUUGAGGGACACCCAGAAAUUUUCCAAUUAUAUUGAGAUUAAAGAAGCUGCUUACAUCUUGUCACACGUUGAUAAUGCCAAGAUUGGUAUACCUGACUUGGAGCAUGCCUUAAAAUGUUUGAAUGUUAAUUUAACUGAGGAGGACUUCAGUGAAGCCCUUAACAUCAGUGAUAAUAUGGAGGUGAAUUUAAAAGAUUUCUUAAUGAAAAUGAAAGAAAGUCCAGGUUUCCAAAAGUCCAAGGAAAGUGGCAAGGUUACCAUUCAAGAAUUUAUGACUAAAUUCUCUGAUAUAUUGACAAACCCUAAAGCUGCAGAAGAUAAAUUUUAUAACAACAACAUUCACAGAAAUGAUGUUACAGCCAUUUCUCGUCUCCAGGAAAAUUUAAAUGCCAUAGGAAUCUGUCUGACAGAUGAUAAAAUACAGAAAGCUUUGGAUAAUACUAAUCCUAAUGAUGAAGUGGUGCAUUUUAAGGAUUUUAUCAAAGAAUUGACCAACACUGAUGAAUUUAUUGAAUGCCAAAGAAUAGAAGAUGCAUGUAACGUUAUUAAUAGUGUCUGUGAUGGAAAAGUUGGAAUUAAAGAACUUUUAUCCACUUUGAAGAGCCUGGAAAAACCUUUAAAUGAAGAACAAUUUAAGGUCUUAUCAAACCAUGCAACAGAUGAAAGAAAUGUGAUCUUAAAAGAUGUAAUUGAUGUUUUCACUAAUUCACCUAACCCAUCAACACCAUUCAGCAAUUUACUUAAAGAUACCACAACUCUUGACAGUAUCAGAAAUGAGACAAUGCCUGUAAAUGAACUGAGCUCUAAACUCUUGAGUGCUGGAAUUCCAAUAAGCAACAAGACAUUCCAAGAGAUCUUGAAACAAGCAUCUGUUAAUGAAAAUAGUAAUGUAAGUCUCAAGAACAUUUUGGAGAAUGUUAACAUAAAUAAGCCAGCUUCUGUAUUUGAAGAAACAGAAGACUCCUUGAAAGUUCUGGCCUCCAUUAAGAAAAAUGUAGCUAAUCCUGAUGACCUAGGCUUCAUAAUGGAAAAUGUAGGAGUUCCAUUACCCCAAGAUAUGAUUCAAAGAACACUGAACAAUGUGGCUCUCAGUGAGGAUGGGACAGUGAAUUUAGAAGAGUUUAUGGGCAAUUUGGUCAAUUCAGGAUUUUCAUCUCUACCUGAAACUGAUAAUGAAGUGAAAAAGAAAAACAGAAUAAAAGAUAGGGCACUCAUAGGAGAGGAGAUUGAUGUUAGUAAUGUGGAUGCUAUUCUGAAAAACAUGGAUAUAAAACUUACAGAAGAAGAACAACAAUAUCUACUAGACCACCUGUCUGCUACUGGUGAUGAAGAUAUGGAUAUGAAUACAUUGACAGGGGUUGUGAAGAUGCUUAAAGAAAAAAUUGAGAUCUGUAACCUGGACAAUUUCCUGGAAGAUAUGGGGAUUGAGCUUACAUAUGAGGAACACACAGAGCUAGUAAAUUGUCUCCCAACCAGUGCUGAUGGGAAGAUAAGUCAACUUAAACUGAUGGAUACCAUAAAGACUCUAAAAGGAGCCAAGAUUAAUACUAAAAAGCCUAACAAUAUUCAGGAGAAGUUGGGAUUGGAACUCACAGAUAAGGAGUCUUGGAAUCUACAACAACAUUUACCAGUUGAUGUUCUUUCUCUUUUGCAAGAGGGGAAAGUUGAUAUCAAUAACCUUGAUACCAUUCUAGAGAAAAUGGAAAUGAAUUUCUCUGAUAAGGAAUUUGAAGAGCUGUCACACAAUUUGCCAGCUGAUGGGAAAGUGAAACAUAUUAAACUGUUGCAUGCAGCUAUACCUGUUACAGGAGAGACAGUAGAUAUCAGAGACUUGGACAACGUACUAGGAAACAUGGGGAUUGAACUCACCAAAGAAGAACUUAGAAAGCUGACAAGAAACCUUCCAGUUGAUGGAGGAGAAGUUGACUUAAAUGACCUGGAAAAUGUCCUGCAAAAUAUGGGGAGAGAGCUCACAUCUAGAGAACAGUUGGAACUAGAGAAAUUACUUCCAAUUGAUGCUAAUGGAAAAAUAUAUAAGAAUAGGUUGCUGAACUGUGUGAAAGAUAUAAAAGAGUUGCCAGUCAAUGUUCAUGACAUUGACAGUAUACUUGGAAACAUGGCACUCAAACUCACAGCUGAGGAACUUAAUGAUCUGACCCCAAAUCUACCAGUGAAUGGGAAUGUUGACAUAGAAAACCUGGACACCAUUCUAGACGACAUGGGAAUCAAGCUCACAGAUAAAGAACUUGAAGAUCUGAAACAAAGCCUACCAGCUGGUGGAGAAAAGAUAGAUGCUGGUGAUCUGCUGAGUAUUCUAAAACACAUGGGGAUCAAGCUUACAGCCUACAAGAAUGUUUAUCUGAAAAACCUGAUAGAUAGUUUAGAAGCUGUUACAGGAGAGGAAGUUGAUGUCAAUGACAUGAAAACAAUUCUAGGAAACAUGGGGAUAGAGCUUACAGAUAAAGACCUCACAGAACUGGUAUAUAAUCUGCCAGUUGAUGAUGGAAAAUUCUAUCAGAAAAGAUUGCUGGAUGCUAUAAAGUUUCUUAAAGGAGGGAAGAUUGACUCCAGUAAAGUGGAUACAGUUUUGGGAAACAUGGGCAUAAACCUCACUGAAAAAGAACUUGAAGAUCUAACACAAAACCUACUAGUUGAUGUUAAUGGUAAGGUUGAUCUGAGAAAGGUGAUGAAUGAAAUAAAAUAUUUUACGGGAGACAAAGUUGAUACAAAUAAACUUAAAAGUGUUUUAGGAAACUUGGGGAUUGAGCUCAUGCCUAAUGAACUCUUGAACUUGCUGAAAACAUUGCCAGUUAAUGCUGAUGGAAAAGUGUAUCAGAAAAGGUUGAUGAAAGGCAUGAAGUCUCUUGAACAAGGCAUUGUUGAUGUCAAUAAGCUGGACACUCUUUUAGAAAACCUGGGGAUAAAGAUAACGGAAGAGGAAUUCAUGGAUCUAACAGAAAGACUACCAGAUGACUCUGAAAGGAAAGUCAAACUAAAUAAGUUAAUUAAAGAAUUGAGUGCUGUUUUAGGAGAAGAGGUAGAUGUCAGUGACCUAGAAGAUGCACUAAAAGACAUGGGAAUAGAGGUCACAUAUGAUGACUACUUGCAUUUAGUAAAAACUUUGCCACUUGAUGCUGAAGGAAAGGUAUAUAAAAAAAGGUUGCUGGAUGGUAUAAAGACUAUUAAAAGAGGAAAGGUUGAUAUAAAUAACUUGGAUAAACUUCUGGAAAAUAUGGGGAUUGAGCUCUCAGAAAAAGAACUUAAAGAUUUUUCAAAAGACCUACCAGUUGAUGUUGAUGAGAAGGUUGAUCUGAAAAACGUGAUGCCGAGAAUAAAAGAUUUUACAGGAGAAAAGGUUGAUGCCAGAGAUCUGAAAAAUGUUCUUGGAGACAUGGGGAUAGAAGUCAAUGAUAAGGAAUGUGUGGAACUGCUAAAAUUACUACCAGUUGAUGGUGAUAAGAAAGUUUUUCGGAAUAGAUUGCUAACGGGUUUGAAGUCUUUCAAAGGAGGAAAGAUUGAUAUCAGUAACCUGAACACAAUUCUGGGGAACAUGGGGAUCAAGCUCAAAAAUAAAGAACUCCAAAGUGUGAUACAAAAUCAACAUGUUGAUGCUAAUGAAAAUGUUCCUCUGAAAAAGGUGAUGGAUGAUGUGAAAGCAGUUACAGGAGAAAAACUUGAUGUGAAAAAUCUAAGAAGUAUUCUUGAAGGCCUUGGAAUAGAAUUCACACCUAAAGAAUACUUGGAACUGGUACAAAAUCUGCAAAUUGAUGAUGAUGGAACUAUAUCUGAAAAUAGAUUGCUAGAUGGUGUGAAAUCAUUCAAAGGUGGAAAGGUUGAUGUUAGUAACCUGGAAAACAUUUUGGAAAACAUGAAAAUCAUGCUUCCAGAUAAGGAACUUAAAGAUUUAUCACAAAACCUACCAGUUGAUGCUUCUGGGAUGACUGAUCUGCAUAAACUACUAAAAGAAGUAAAUAAAUUCACAGGAGGAAAAAUUCAAGCCAAGGACAUAAAAAAAGUACUGGGAGACAUAGGGAUAGAGCUCACAAAUAAGGAACUCUGGAACCUGAUGAAAAUCUUGCCAAUUACUGAUGAUGGAAAGGUAUAUAAAAAUGUAUUGCUUGAUAAGAUAAAAUCAUUUCCUGCUGGAAAGUGCAAUGUCUCUAAAAUUGGUACUAUCCUGGAAAACAUGGGUUAUGAGCUGGAAGAUGAGGAAAUUGAAGACCUGCAGAACUACCUGCCAACAACUGAUGAAAAGAAGGUUAAACUGAAUAAGGUCAUGGAAAAUGUAGAGUCAUUUACAGGAACCAAGAUUAAUGCUAAUGAAGUAGAUGAUAUUUUGAAAAACAUAGGGAUAGAACUCACACCUAAGGAACACUGGAAGCUACUAAAAACUCUGCCAAUUACUUCUGACGGAAAGGUGUAUUGCAAUCGGUUACUGGACCGUUUAAAGACUUUCCAAGGAGGGAAGGUCUUUGAAAAUAAACUAGAAACCAUUCUGGAAAAUAUGGACUACAAACUUGGAAAAGAAGAAAUGAAAGACCUGUGGGACCAUUUGAAAAUUGAUGAGAAUGGAAAGGUUUUAUUGAAUUCUAUGAUCAGGGCAGCCAGUUUAUUUUCUGGUGGUAAAAUUAAUGCCUGUGACACACAACUUUAUCUAGGAAAUGUAGGUAUUGAAUUUACAAAUAAAGAAAACCAAGAUCUACUGAACAUGGUGCCAUUGGAUGAUAAUAAAAGGGUAUAUAAAAAUAGGUUGAUGGAUGCAGUGAAGACUUACAGAGGAGGAAAGGUUAAUGUCGAUAAAAUAGAUGAUGCUCUUGAAAACAUGAGAAUCCCACUUGAGGAAGAAGAAAUUGAGGAGCUGUGUGAACACUUGCCAGUUGAUGCUGAGAGAAGAGUUAAACUGGAUUUACUUCUGAAUGCAGUAGAUGAAGUUUUAGGGGAAGAAAUUAACUAUGAAGACUGGGAAGAUAUUCUGAGAAACAUGGGGUUAAGCCUCCAACUGAAGGAAAACUCGGUGUUUAUGAAAAGUUUGUCACUUGAUGCUGCUGGAAAGUUGUAUAAGCAUAAGUUGCUGGAUGGUUUAAGAUCUCUCCCAGGAGUGAGGCUUAGUGUUGAUAAGCUAAAACCCUUCAUGGAACAAAUGGGCUUUAAACUUGAGGAAGAGGAAUACCAAGAUCUGAAAAACAACCUGCCCAUUGAUGAUGAGGGGAGAGUUAAUGUGAAUGUGGUGAUGGAUGAAGGACAUCUUUUUACAGGUGAGAAGAUUGAUACUGGGAACCUGAAAAAUUUUCUGGAAAAUAUAGGGAUAGAGCUUGCAGAAGAUAAAGGCAUGCAACUGCUGAAUAAUCUUCCAAUUGAUGCCAAAGGAAGGGUAUAUGUGAACAGACUGAUGAAAGAAUUGAGGGGUCUUAAAGGAGUAAAGGUGUCUUCAGAUAAGAUGGAAAUGUUCAUGAAAAGCACAGGAAUUGAUCUCAAGGAGAAAGAAAUCCAGUUACUGAAGGACCACCUACCAGUUGAUGAUAAUGGGAAGAUUGAUUUGAACAUGAUGAUGGAUGAAGUUAAAAAUGUUACAGGAGAGAAGAUUCCUGCUGGGGAUGUGAAAAAUACUGUGGAAAACAUGGGAAUAGAGAUCACAAAUAAAGAGCACAAAAAGCUACUGAAAACUCUGCCAGUUUCUGCUGAUAAAAAGGUGUUUAAGAAAGAAUUAUUGGAUGGUGUGAAAUCCUUCAGAGGAGGUCAGGUUAAUUUCAAUGACUUACAGAGUGUUCUACAAAACACUGGGUUCAGACUCGAAGAAAAAGAAAUCAAGGACUUGAAGACUCACCUGCCAGUGACUGAAAAGGAAAAGGUUGACCUAGAUAUCUUGAUGGAUGCAGCAAAAGCUUUUACAGGAGAAAAGGUUGAAGCUAAUAACUUAAAAAAUGUGCUGAGCAACAUGGGGAUUGAGCUAACGGAAAAAGAACACUCAAUGCUGUUAAACAGUCUGCCAAUCUGUGAUGGAAAGGUGUAUAAGAAAAAAUUACUGGAUAGUGUGAAGCCUCUCAAAGGAAAAAAAGUCAAUGUCAGUAAUCUGGAAACUCUUCUGAAGAACAUGGAAAUUGAAGUUGGGAAAGAGGAAUAUGAGGACCUACUGAACCAUCUGCCAGCUGAUGAAAAUGAAAUGGUUGAUGUGAAUAUGGUGAUGGAUGAAGCAAAAGCUUUUACAGGAGAGAAAGUUAGUGUCAGUAAUCUGUGCAAUGUGCUGAGGAAAAUGGGGCUUGUACUCACUGAUAAGGACCACAAGAAGCUGCUGAAAACUCUGCCAAUUCGCACUAGUGGAAAGGUAUAUAAGAAUAGAUUGCUCAAAGGUGUGAAGGCCCUCAACGGGCCAAAGGUCAAAAUUAAAAAAAUGGAGACAUUUUUGGAAAACAUGGGAAUUAAAAUCAAGGAAGAGGAACUUGAGGAACUCAUGUCCCAACUACCAACUGAGGGUGAGACAACAGUUGACAUGAAAGACUUAAUGGAUGCUGUCAGUUACAUCAAGGGAAAUGGAAAGUUUAAUGUUAAUUCAAUAAUGGAGGGUCUGAAGAAGUUCAAACCAAAAGGAAUAGCGACUCUACCUAAGUUGAAAACUGCAAAUGACAUGAAAGACCGAGUCACUGGCCACAUGGCAGUUUCAGAAAUUAAAUCAAAACUUAAGCUGAAUCCUUUAACAAAAGUACCCAUCUCCCACAGUAAAAGGGAUAAAGACUUGCCAGGAUCUCCUCAAUGCCAGUUAAAACACACAGAAAAGAAGUUAAAUGCUUCACAAAUGGCAGCUUUCCAAGAUGCCUACAACUUCUUCAACAAGGACAAAACUGGCUGUAUUGAUUUCCAUGGACUGAUGUGUACUGUAGCUAAGCUGGGAAUGAGUCUAACCAAGCAUGAUGUCUAUAAUGAAUUGAAAUGUGCUGAUAUUGAUCAAGACGGGAAGGUGAACUUCUCAGACUUUAUCAAGGUGCUAACAGAUAAGAAUCGCUUCCUCAAGGCAGUGGUUCCAGAAAAGGAGACCUGUUUGGAUUUAGCUGGCAACCCAGGGAUCCUAUUGUUUGAAAUCCUGUCAAAGCUUGUAGAGAUUUCAGCCCUGCCCAGAAAGUCUAUAAGAGAAAUAGUAAGGCACGAGAAUGAGGCACAGAGAAGAUCACACUGGAUCUCCAGCCCAGACCUUCCCUCUAGGGUUUCCAUCUGCUUACUGGGCAUCUCCAUUUGGAAAUCCACAGCCACCUCAAACCAAAAAGGUCAAAACUUAAUUUAUCUCUUUGUCCACGCAUACUUCUACUAGUUCUUCCACUUGAGUUUCAGAUCUCAGUGCAUGGCUUUGCCAUCUCAUUGUGUUUACCCACUUGUCUGAGACAAAGGCGCAGCAUGACCCUCAGUUGUCACUGCUCUCUCAAUCCCUACAUCCAACCAAAUCACUAAGCCCUGUCUAACCUACCUCCUCAACAUGUAAGCCAUGCACUUCUCUCUAUCCCCAUAGAAACUACCCUAGAGUAAGUAAGUCACUAUAUUCUUGGACUUACUGAAGUAUACUGCCUUGUCACUCUGCCUCCAUUUUUGCCGUCUCUAUCCAUUUUCCACACUGCAGCCAGAUUAUAACUCCAUCUAUUAGAAAAUAUUUAAAUGACCUAAUGCCAGGCACAAAUCUAAUCAUAUCAUCAUAUCACUUACAUUCUAAAAGGCCUACAGUGACCUUUCAUGUUUCCUAUGAAAAAGCUCUAACUUAAUAUGGCAUUUUAAAGGUUCUUCACGAUAUACCCUUUGCUUAACCUCCAGUCUCAUAUAUCUCUUUCUCUCUCUCAACAGAGUCUUGCUCUUAUCUCCCAGGCUAGAGUGCUGGAGUGUAGUGAUUAAGGCUUACUGCAGCCUCUACCGCAGACUCAAACAAUCCUCUCACUUCAGCUUCCCCAAGUAGCUAGGACUACAAAUGUAUUUUUUUGUAAAGACAAGGUUUCACCACAUUUCUCAAGCUGGUCUUGAACUCCUGACCUCAAGUGAUCCACCCUUCAGCCUCCAAAGAGUGCUGAGAUUACAGGCGAGAGCAGCUGUGCCCAGCCCUCAUCUCUUAUAACUUCCCCUUUCACACCCCAGAUUACAUUUAAUUCCUGUCCUCAAAUACUGCAUGCUCUCUCACCUCCUGAUAUUUGCCUAAGACAAUUUCUCCCUUUAUGAGUCAGUUUCCUAGGGCUGUUAUAAAAAAUUACCAUAACAAUCACGGUGGUACAGGCCUGUAGUUCCAGCUACAUGGGAGGCUGAGGCAGGAGGAUCCCUUCAUCCCAAGAGCUCUGGCCUAUAGUGCACUAUGCCAAACAGGUUUCUACACUAAGUUUGGCAUCAAUAUGGUGACCUCCCAGGAACAGGGGACCACCAGGAUGCCUAAGGAGUGGUAAACCAGCCUAGGUUAGAAACAGAGCAGGUUAAAAUUCCAGUGCUAGCCAGGUGCUGUGGCUCAUACCUAUAAUCCCAGCAAUUUGGGAGGCCGAGGGGAGCAGAUCACCUGAGGUCCAGAGUUUGAGACCAGCCUGCCUAACAUGGCGAAACCCUGUCUCUACUAAAAAUAGAAAAAAUUAGCUGGGCAUAGUGGUGAGCGCCUGUAAUCCCAGCUACUUGGGAGGCUGAGACAGGAGAACCACUUGAACCUGGGAGGUGGAGGUUGCAGUUAGCUGAGAUUGCACCACUGCACUCUAGCCUGGGCCACAAGAGCGAAACUCCAACUCAAAAAAAAAAAAAAAAAAAACAACUCAUGUGCUGAUCAGCAACAGAACUAUGCCUGUGAAUAGCCAGUGCACUCCAGCCUGGGCAACACAGCAAGAGCUCCAUCUCUAAAAUAAAUAAAUAAAUAAAUACAAUUACCACAAACUCUGUGACUUAAAAAAUUAUUCUCUCCCAGUUUUGGAGGCCAGAUGGUGUCAUUAAGGCCACACCCCUUCCUUCUCCAGGGGAGAAUCCUUCCCUGGCAAUUCCAGCCUCUAGUGAUUCCUGGCAUUCCUUGGCUUGUGGCAGCAUAAUUCUUAUUUCCAUUUUUUCAAUACCUUCUUCUAUUUGUGUCUCAAAUCUUCCACUCCUGGAUGCAGUGGCUCAUGCCUGUAAUCCCAGCACUUUGGGAGGCUGAGGCGGGUGGAUCACAAGGUCAGGAGUUCAAGACCAGCCUGACCAACGUGGUGAAACUCCAUCUCCACUAAAAAUACAAAAAUUAGCCGGUUGUGGUGGUGUGUACCUGUAAUCCCAGCUAUUCAGGAGGCUGAGGCAGGAGAGUUGCUUGAACCCAGGAGACAGAGGUUGCAGGGAACUGAGAUUUUGCGACUGUAUUCCAACCUGGGUGAGAGAGUGAGACUCCAUCUCAAAAAAACACAAUCUUCCUCUCCUUUCUUUUAUAAGGUCACUAAUAAUUAGAUUUAGGACCCACCCUAAAUUCAGGAUGAUCUCAUCUCAAGAUCUUUAAUUUAAUUACAUCUGCAAAGAUACUUUCCAAAUAAGGUCCCAUAGCAGGUACAGGGCUGGGGACUUGAAUAUUUUUUUGGGAAACACAAUUCAACCCCACUACCUAUGUAUACUUAGCUGACUCCUGCUUAUCCUUUCUGUCCCAGUGAGUAGCACUCCCUCUGAAAGGCCUUCUCUGACCCCCAGUUCUGGGUCAGGCUUGCUCCUACAUGCUCUUCUCUCCCUAUCAUACAGCACAUUGUACUGUUGGCAUUACAGGUUUAACAGGCAGCCUUGUACAUUAGAUUGUGAGCUCUGAAAGAACAGGGACCAUGUCAGGCUUAUUCAUAUCUUUCCUGAACCUAACACAAAGCACAGAACAUACAGGCACUUAAUAUUUGUUGAAUUUAAUUGACUUUCCCAAUAUAAUAUAGCUAUUAAAUAUCUGAUUCAGCAGUUCAAUAAGAGAAUGUCAUGAGAAAAGGACUUAGAAUAUAGUCUACAUUUGGAUUUACAGAACAGGGACAGAUAAAUUGGCUAAAACAUGAGGUUUGUAUAGGGAAGCAGGAAGAGAUAAGGUGGAAAAUAUGUACUGAAUCCAGACUAUAGAAAAUCUCUUCUGAGAGUUCCUCCAAGCAGUAGGGAGCCAUUGAAAGAACUGGGAGAGGGGAGCACUGAGGAAGAAAGAUUUUGAUAGAGGAGUGGAGUAGUUUGACCUGGAAAUAGCAUAUAGAAAAGCCUGGCAGAAAGACAGACUGAUGGCCAAGAGACUAAUGAAGAGGUAAGAAAAAUAGCUCUGGAAAGCAGAGGAAGCAAAGGGGGCUGAGCACUGUGGCUCUUGCCUGUAAUCCUAGCACUUUGGGAGGGGGAGGCAGACGGGUUGCUUUGAGACCAGCAUGGCCAACGUAGCAAAUCACCAUCACUAUAAAAAAUACAAAAAUUAGCCACGCACGGUGGUACACACCUGUAAUCCCAGCUACUUGGUAGGCUGAGGCACAAGAAUCUCUUGAACCCGGGAGGCAGAGGUUGCAAGUGAGCCAAGAUCACGCCACUGCACUCCAGCCUGGGUGACAGAGCAAGACUCUGUCGCAAAAAAGAAAGAAAAAAAAAUGUACUUACUGAAUGCAAGACCUCCCACUAGCCCCCUUCUCUUUCCAUAGUUACCAACGUGUUAAAGCUAGAUUUAUACCACCCAAGUAAAAUUUUAGAGAAUUCCUCUCCAGGGAAAUUGACUAGCCCAAGAGAAAAAACUCACACUCACAGUUAAAAGUCUAUUGAUAAAACAAGGCUCCAUCAAUAAGCUUUAACACACUAAAGAGCUUCCAAUUGCCUUACAGAGUGCUUACUCUCAUUCUAAAAUAGGAAUAGAUAUCCAAAGUAUCAAGGGACAUUUAAGAGCCAAGCAUAGUGACACAUGCCUGUAGUCUUAGCUACUCAAAAGGCUGAGGCAGGAGGACCAUGUGAGCCCAGGAGUUCAAGUCCAGCCUGGGCAACAUAAUGAGACCCGCAUCUCUUUUUUUAAAAAAAAAAAAUGAUAUUUAAGGAAGAUUAUUAUUAGAUCAUUAAUAUUAAAGAAAUAUUAAAACAAGAAGGAAAGAAAGAACAAACUAAAGAAGUAGAGAUAAAAAAAGAAUAAAAUACCUUGGAAUACAACUCACAAGGAACGUAAGGGACCUCUUCAAGGAGAACUACAAACCACUGCUCAACGAAAUCAGAGAGGACACAAACAGAUGGAGAAACAUUCCAUGUUCAUGGUUAGGAAGAAUUAAUAUCGUGAAAAUGGCUAUACUGCCCAAAGUAAUUUACAGAAUCAACGCUAUCCCCAUCAAGCUACCAUUGACUUUCUUCACAGAACUGGAAAAAACCACCAUGAACUUCGUAUGGAACCAAAAGAGAGCCCGCAUAGCCAAGUCAAUUCUAAGCAAAAAGAACACAGCGGGGGGCAUCACACUACCGGAUUUCAAACUAUACUACAAGGCUACAGUAAUCAAAACAGCAUGGUACUGGUACCAAAACAGAGAUAUAGACCAAUGGAACAAAACAGAGGCACCGGAGGCAACACAACAUAUGUACAACUAUACAAUCUUUGAUAAACCUGACUAAAACAAGCAAGGGGGAAAGGAUUCCCUGUUUAACAAAUGAUGUUGGGAAAACUGGCUAGCCAUGUGCAGAAAGCAGAAACUGGACCCCUUCCUGACACCUUACACUAAAAUUAACUCCAGAUGGAUUAAAGACUUAAACAUAAGACCUGGCACCAUAAAAACCCUAGAAGGAAAUCUAGGCAAAACUAUCCAGGACAUAGGAGUAGGCAAGGACUUUAUGAACAAAACACCAAAAGCAUUGGCAACAAAAGCCAAAAUAGACAAAUGCGACCUAAUGAAACUCCACAGCUUCUGCACGGCAAAAGAAACAGUCACUAGAGUGGAUCGGCAACCAACAGAAUGGGAAAAAAUUUUUGCAGUUCACCCAUCUGACAAAGGGCUGAUAUCCAGAAUUUACGAAGAACUCAAACGGAUUUACAGGAAAAAAACAAACAAGCCCAUUCAAAAGUGGGCAAAGGAUAUGAAUAGACACUUUACGAAAGAAGACAUAUAUGAGGCCAACAAUCAUAUGAAAAAAUGCUCAUCGUCACUGGUCAUCAGAGAGAUGCAAAUCAAAACCACAUUGAGAUACCAUCUCACGCCAGUUAGAAUGGCGAUCAUCAAAAAAUCUGGAGACAACAGAUGCUGGAGAGGAUGUGGAGAAAAAGGAACACUUUUACACUGUUGGUGGGAGUGUAAAUUAGUUCAGCCAUUGUGGAAGACAGUGUGGCGAUUCCUCAAGGCCUUAGAAAUAGAAAUUCCAUUUGACCCAGCAAUCCCAUUACUGGGUAUAUAUCCAAAAGACUAUAAAUCGUUCUACUAUAAGGACACAUGUACACGAAUGUUCAUUGCAGCACUGUUUACAAUAGCAAAGACCUGGAAUCAACCCAAAUGCCCAUUGAUAAUAGACUGGAUUGGAAAAAUGUGGCACAUAUACACCAUGGAAUAUUAUGCAGCAAUCAGAAAUGAUGAGUUUGUGUCAU